AUGAAUGGGCAGAGUGGAGAGGACUCCUUGCUGAACAAAAUGAAGAAGGCCAAAUCCUUUCUAGACAAUGUGCAAAAGGAGAAAAAGGUCAUGCGCGCGCAGGAAAUAGAGCUGGCGCCGCCAGAGCCCAAAAGGGAGGCGCCGCCAAAGAUGCCUCCUGCACAGUCUUUCCUGUUUUCUGCUGCAGGUGUUCUGUACCGGAAGCAAGAAAGCGCGUGGGUAGAGAUAUCCCCUGGGCAGGUCCAGGGAAAGCCGCUGGACGGCCGGGAAAUCCAGAUUCUUUUUGUGCUGGACAACACUCGCAUAAUCCUCAAUCUGCGCAUCAUAGACCCUUCGCACAUAAAAAUAUCGCACAACACAAUGGUAUUCACAGGGCUGGAAGAGAAAAACAAAAUAUACACCGGGUGCAUCAAGCUGAAAACAGAGGCAGAAGCAGCUGAAAUAGAGAAGAAGCUGGCCCAAAAAGUGUCGCCACCCGGGAUCGAACCGGGGACCUCAUCCGUGUAA